AUGUCCAAUUCCUGGUGUACUUUAUUAUUUUUAUUAGCUAUACUAGAGCUUUCUACUUAUACAUGUGGGAAGAUCCAAAUUAAGGUAUAUGGAAGUUUAGCAUUAACAGCUUACUACUAUACAGACAUAUUUAUUGGACUACCAAGACCUCAGAGACAAAGCGUAAUAGUAGAUACUGGAAGUAAUCUUUUAGCAUUUGUUUGUACAGACUGUGAAAAGUGUGGUCACCACAUUGAUCCAUAUUAUGAUCCUCGUAAAAGUUUAACAAGUAUGGUAGUUCCCUGCAAACCAUACUGUAGAUAUUGUGUUGACAAUGGUAAUCAAUGUGCAUAUGAUAUUACUUAUAUGGAGGGCAGUCACUUGUCUGGACGCUAUUUCGAAGAUUUUGUGUCUGUUAGAAAUGAAAAUCAUGGGAAUUCAGUAUCUAUACCAUAUGCUAUUGGUUUAAGUACAGUAUUUGGAGGUAUUACAAGAGAAACUAGCUUAUUUUACUCUCAAGCAGCGUCUGGUAUACUUGGUUUAGCAUACUCGAAAAUAACAAAAGGAAGAGAUCCAUUUUUUCAAUCUUGGUCAAGAAGGUCAAAAUGGAUUGGAAACCCAAUUUUAUCAAUGUGUUUUAGUACUGAAGGUGGAAUGUUAGCUUUUGGGGGCUAUAACUCGGAAUAUUGGUUAGAUGACAAUAAAUCCCAUCGGACUCUUAACCAAUCAUUUAAUAGUGAAGGAUUUACAUCGUAUUUUAUUCUAGAUUAUAUUAAAAGAUUUCUUAGCUAUGCUCCUUAUACAAAUUAUAUAGAUAAAAACUCUAAAUCUUCAGAUAUAAAUGGAGAUUUAAAUAGUAAAAUCAAUUGGACUCCGAUGACAAUAAUUAAUGGAAAUUAUUAUGUUGAGUUACAUGGUAUAUCUAUACUUAAUACUCCAAUUAACUUUCCAAAAGAUGAUUUAGGUGGCAAUAAGACUCUUAAUAUAAUAGUAGAUAGUGGAACAACGUUGACUUAUUUCCCAGUUCCAAUAUUUAAUCAGAUAAUAAAAGGAAUAAAUGAUAAUAUAGCUGCAUCUGGAAAAUCUCAUUAUUCACCUUGGAGAAAGUUGGUUGAAACUGGAUCAAGCUUGCUACAAUUUGCUGGUUUAAUUAAUGAAAAUAAAUAUGUACUAGAUCAAGACCUUUCUAUAAAAUCAAUAACAAUUUUCCCUGGAGAAGUUCCUGGAGCUGCAUUAUUAAGAAAGAGAGUCUUUGUAAGAAAUUUAAGUAUUCUUCAAAAUCUUGUAGAUCUAGGCUCUUUAAAAGAUGAAGAGAUAAACAAAGAUAGACCGAAGAACUUGAGAGAUAAAAAUACUACAGUUUUCGAAUCAGUUGUAAAUCAUGAAGAAGAUAUUGAUGAACGUGGCAAGGUUAAGAUUGAAGAUGGAACUAAUUUAUAUUCUAAGAUUGGAAAUAGCUUUGAAAAAAAGUCCAAUUCGGAAAGUUCUACAAUUAGAAAUAAUACAAAUGAAACUUCUAAUUUUAAUAGUUCAAAUACUAUAGAACCUUUAGUUUCAAGAAUAAUGCUAGAAACAACUCGUGGUGAGAAAUGCUGGAGACUAGAUAAUAUUGAGGAGAUGCAUAGAUUUCCAACUUUGACUUUGCACUUUUCUCGUAAUGUCAAUGUUAAGUGGGAACCUCAACAAUACCUUUACCAGAAGUAUCGUAAUACUUAUUGUCUUGGUUUUGAUUCAGAUAGAGUAGGUAAUAUAUUUUUAGGAUCAUCUUUUUUCUUAGAUAAGGAUGUGAUUUUAGAUAUAGAAAAUUCCAGAGCAGCCUUUGUGCAAGCUAAAUGUCCUAGAAUAGCCGAUGCAAGAAGAACAAGUACAGCUGAAAUGGCUCAAUUACUAAAUGGAACUUUAAAGUCACCAUUAGAAGCUAUCAGACACUCGGAAGUUGUUGUAUUUGACUCUAAAGAUAAAUAUUCAACAAGAUCUCAGUAUCCAAAUGGUACUCUCAAGUCUACAAGUAACUCAGGAAAAUCACUAAUGAAUACAGGUUCUGCAAGAUCACAUGGAUUUAGACAAGGAAUUAGUGAAUUAAAUGUAAAUGAUUAUGUAUUAGAGAAUUCCAAUAAUACUAAUGGACACAUACCAGAAAAUUCUGACAAAAAAGGCUCUUUAAAUAAUACUUUGGAUGAUGAGGACAAACUAUCUGAAAUUCCAAUUCUUUUAUUUACCAAUAGUAGUAGUUUAAAUAUUAAUGAGUACCUUAUAAGUAACACUAAAGCUAGCUCAACUUCUAAAACAAGUGGUUGUAAAGCUAGUGCCCCUUUAUUAUCAACUUGGUCUUUACUUGGUUAUUUUUUAUUACUUUAUUGGCAUUUAUCAGUUAAUAAAUAUGAAUAA